UAUGUAGCAGUAAAACUUUUCAAACUGUGAUACCACACGAAAUUAAACGAGGAAGUUUUAACAGUCGUUUGGGAAUUAUUAAUAAUACAUAUGUUUAAAACGUCACAACUGUCAUUUUGUGUUGAGGCUUUAUUGUUGAAAGUCAUUGAAAAAGCUCAAUUGUGAAAGGCUGAAAACAGAAGAAUGACCUUUUCAGCAUUCUUGAGCUUCACCACAUAUUCUGGAUGAACCUUCCAAGGACAUCAUUUCUAAGAGGAGCCUGUUUAUAUAUUAAAGUACAUGUGUAGAUCUUUACGCUACUGUGUCAGUCACUGUCUCUACGCAGCAAUGACUCGACUGGAAGAGGCAAAUAAAGAUGUCAGCAUGCAUUCCUCAGUGCGCUAUCUUGGCUGCCUAGCCAGUUUGAACUUGAUGGUGGCCUUGUGCAUGGGCCUUUAUGUAAGAUGGGAGAAGACAGCAGAUACCAUAAUAUUAGUCAUCUUUAUCUUGGGACUGUUUGUUCUAGGCAUCGCCAGCAUAUUGUAUUACUACUUCUCCAUGGAGGCAGCAAGUUUGAGUCUCUCCCAUCUGUGGUUUGGAUUUCUUCUUGGGCUGCUGUGUUUCUUAAAUAAUCCCUCCUUCAAAAGUGAUGUAAAGGAGGAAGCCACCAAGUACCUUCUGCUGACCAGUAUCAUCAUCAGGAUGUUGUGGGCUCUGGUAGAGAGGAUUUGCGGUUGUGUCUGCUAUCGGCCAGCCCUUCUGACCUCUGCAGAGUUUUUGGAACUUGCUGGCUUUGCAAUUGCCAGCACUGCCAUGCUGCUGGAGAAGUCCAUGUGUAUCAUCUUUCUGGUGGCCUCUUUGGCCAUGCUGAUUAUUGACCUGCGAAUGAAGUCUUUCCUAGCAGUUCCAAACUUAGUUACUUUUGUUCUGCUUUCCUCCAUGUUGUUUUUCCCCAGCUUAAAUAUUCCCACCAACCCUUUUGCCCUUGCAUGCUUCUUUAGCCGUCUGAUCUGUGACCCGCUACUUGACGUCUAUUUUAGUGGGCUUUCUGUCACUGAGAGGUGGCUACCAUUUCUGAACCGCGGCCGCCUGUGCAGGAGGCUCUCCGUUCUUCCACUGGGACUUGUUGAGAUCACCUUCUUCAUCCUGGCUGCCUUUAAACUAGGGGAUUUGCAUCUGUGGUAUUUUGUGAUCCCCGGGUUCUCCAUUUUUGGGAUCUUUUGGUUGGUCUGCCAUGUUAUUUUCAUCAUAACAGUCUGGGGUUUCCACAGCAAAUUAAAUGACUGUCAUAAUGUCUAUUACACACAACGUACUGACAGCAGAAACCUAGACAGGGUGAUGGCCUCCAAAGGAAUGCGACACUUCUGUUUGAUCUCAGAACGGCUGGUGUUUUUUAGUCUCUUAUCAACAGCAAUUCUGGGUGCAGUAUCCUGGCAGCCUACCAAUGGAAUCUUUAUGAGUGUGUUUUUGGUGGUCCUGCCUUUGGAGUCGCUGACUCACGGUCUGUUCCAUGAACUGGGAAACUGUUUGGGAGGAACCUGUGUGGGAUACGCGGUUGUAAUCCCCACCAACUACUGCAGCCCUGAUGGCCAACCAACACUUCUUCCUCCUGAGCAUGUGCAGGAGUUGAAUCUCAGGUCGACUGGCAUGCUGAACACUAUUCAGAGGUUUUUUGCCUACCACAUGAUUGAGACCUAUGGCUGUGACUACUCUACCAGUGGCUUGUCUUCCGAUACCCUCCGGUCCAAGCUCAAGUCGUUUCUUGAACUGCGGACCGCAGACGGCCCCAGACAUGACACCUAUGUUAUAUAUUACAGUGGUCAUUCUCACAGUUCUGGCGAGUGGGCUCUUGCAGGAGGAGAAACGUUGCAACUUGAAAGUAUCCUUGACUGGUGGACAGAGAAGAAUGGCACUUUUUGCUCACGGCUGAUCAUUGUAUUGGACACUGAAAAUGCCCUUCCUUGGGUUAAAGAUGUAAAGAAGGUUUGUGACCUCUUUGUUGCAGUCCAGGGUGCAGGAAUGGCCAAAGUUGUAAAUGUUGAGGAAGCAGAUCCACCACAGCUGGGUGACUUUACUGCGGAAUGGGUGGAGUAUAACUGUAACCCAGACAACAACAUCAGGUGGGCCGAAAAAGGCCGGACUAUAACCCCAGUGUAUGGUGUAUCUAAACGCUGGAGUGACUAUACACUCCACUUGCCAACAGGUAGUGAUGUUGCAAAGCACUGGAUGACAAACUUCCCCCGUGUUACCUAUCCCCUUGUUCACUUGGCUAACUGGUGUGGUGGAUUGCACCUCUUCUGGGCAUGUAGUUUCUGUCUCCGAUGUUUCAGGAGGCUAAAACUGAGGUGGUUCCCUCCAACUGUGCUAGACACAGGAGCAGGAUUUAAAUUGGUUAAAUCUUAAAAAGCUCUACAUAGUUUUUUUGUUUGUUUGUUUUUUUUUGCUUUUACUUUCUGUAAAUGGAAAUGGAAACUGUUGUAAGAUUACUCGGUUCCUUAAGUACCCUAUGCUUUUAAAGAAUGUUCAAGAUGUCCUUUCUGGCAGCUGACAUUUGAGUUACUUGUACAGCUGUGUGUUAUGAUCCAGCUGUUUUGCCCAGCUAUGAAAUAGUUAUCACUACACAUUGAGUUGGGAGUGGUGUUCGAAAAGAGAAUAUUCUCACUGUACAUAUGUCAGCAUGCAUACACAUAGAGACUGGGAACGUGGAUUUGGCACAAAAAAAUUAAGUGUAAACUAAAAUAUAAAACACCCAACGUAAAUGCUUUAUUAAGAAUGUUUGUGUGGUGUGGAACAAAAACUGUUAGGACUGAUUUGAUCUCUAAUGCUGUAUACUGAUGUACACAAGAAACAACAUAAGGAAAUGUAUCUUGUAUGCAUUGACCCUGAAUGGCAAACUACUUCCCUACAAAGACCAUUGAUCCUGACUACAGAAAACAUGCUUAUAAAUUAUUCACACAAAUGCAAUACUAAUCCAAUUUCAAAGAUUACACUUUUAUGGAAGUAAUGCUUAUUGAUUUAAAAAGGUUACCAUUUAAAAAAAAAAAAAAAUCAUUGUUUCACUGAAAGGACAUCUUAAAUGCAACUAAUUUACAUUACAAUAUGACAGAUUUAAAAGAGGACUGCCACAUGGUGCAGGGUUGGUGGUGAGGACAAUACCCCUCAAAACUAUGGCAUUCUCGCACUUAUUAUACUGCAUAAGUCAAACAACGUUGAUACAUAUUUUUGCUAUGACUUCCAGACAACUUGCCUGCAUGCACCACUGGCAUGGGAAAGAGCUUUUUCUAAGGAUGUGUGUUAGUUAAGAGUUGAGUAUCCUAAUGUAAUAGUUACUGGUUCUGUGAGUUUAUUUAUUGAUACUGUUUGUGCACAGGAAAAUGUAUCAUUGUUACCCAAGAAAGAUAUUUUCCUACAUAAAGCUAUUUCCUACA